CUAGCUAAGCUACUAAUAAUCUCCAGGAACCAUUUUCCAUUCAAAUAGACCCUAAUUGUUUUCUGCUAACAGGCUGUGACGUAUACGAUCUGACAAGCGACACUCAAAUUAUAGUCUACGGAAAAAAAUUUAUUCAACGUUGAAAAGAUGAUGGAUUUGAAGUAAAAUGCAUAUCCAGUGAUUUGAUGGAGUUAUGGGGAACAAUCAAGGGAGAUCUUUGCCAGUUCCUACAAAUGGGAGGCAUCAAAGUCCAAGAUCUGGGAAGUAUCCAGUAAAGAACCUGCCAGGAAAUAACAAUGGUUCAAACGAACAAAUUGCUAACGACAGUGGUUCUUCCAGACCUAGCAGAAGUGCGGGAAAUCACCCUAGAGUAGCAUUUGAUAUUCCUGAAUUGUUGCAAGAAAAUCAAGUACCGGUAGACAAAAUUAGAGGCCAAUCUCCAGUUGUACAAAGACGUCUUGGAGAUCCGGAUCAAGUUAUUUUGCAGCAGGGAAAUGAAUCAACUAAAAAAGGGCUGCUUAUUCCUCAUUCAGAACUUGAAGUGCCAGCUUUUUUAAGCAAUUCUYGCCCUAAUGGUAGAGUGGCUUUCUCUAGCAAUGAUGGUGAUGGAAAACCAAUAAAAGUAUCUCAAAAUGGACCAUCUGGUGUUCAUAGAAGCAAACCUGUUGUUUGCACCCGAACUCCAGGCAAUUUAAGGGCUACAUAUGCUACAAAGGGUAUGAAUACUUCUCAUGAACAAAUUAACAUGGAAUCUGAUUCGAAAAGACAUGGAUAUGCAGCUGAAGGAUCUUCAGGCAAUGCUACAUGGGGAAAAUUGAGUCCGCCAAAAGCAAAAGGGACAUUUAUUAUAGGAAAUGAUUCCUUAAAUUCAAAGUCCAUGCAGUCUUUGCAUUCUACACCACGUAGGAGCAUGACCAAACUGAAUGAGAGCAAUUAUAAACAUGACGUACAACCUGAUAUCACACCUGAUUUAGUUGAUGAUUUUGGGACCUUUACUUUGCAAAGAAAAUAUAAGAAAAGACAACCCAAUAAAACUAAUUUGUCACCAGAAGAAAGGUUGAAACCUGGUGUCACUGGUAAAUAUACAGUAAAGCAACAAUUAGCACCAACUAAUUUGUCUCCAGAGGAAAGGUUGGCACCACGUGCUACUGGUAAAUAUGCAAUAAAGCAACAAUUACCUGCAAGGAAUAGAAGAAGUGUAGAGGAAAUAAAUAGGGGAGUACAUCCACAAAAUGGAAAUCAUUGGUCACUCACAGACACUGAUAGCAUGCAAAGUGCAUCUUCAUUGUCUUUUACUGAUCUGACUUCACCAAGCAGUUCAACUCACAUAAACUUUCCCUUAAAUCAAAUAGAGGGUCAUUUACAUCCAGAAAGAACUUCACAAGUAAAUGGGUCUAUUCAUCAACCUCAAGGUUAUGAAUCCCCUGAUUCUGCUCUUGGUUAUUAUGCAGAUUCAAGUUAUGCCAACCAAGACAGCUCCAUAGAUGAAGGUAAGAAGAUAUCGAGGAACAACUCUCUUCAGGCUCACUUGAGACGAAAAGUCAAAGAAUAUGAAAGUAUGAAACAGGAGACUUCAAAACAACACUUACAUGUCCGAUAUGACAGCGAUUCAACAACUAUUAGUGAUCAGAGUCUCUUUGGGGAAGGAAUGUCAUCAGUAACCCGGUUUUCUGCUUCAAACAUUGGGCAUAUUAAUAACCUACAAGAUGGUCUAUUGCUUCAAAUAUUUUCUUUUCUAGGCACUCUUGAAUUGUGUAAGGUAUCAGGUGUUUGUCAGAAAUGGCAGAGUCUUGCUUGGGAUCCUAUUCUUUGGAACACCAUUGAAAUUACACAUUAUGAAGAAAGUGACAUUAACAGGAUUUUAAGAAAUUUGCUUGCAACUCUGGCUAUGAGCACCCAAGGGUACUGUUUAAUGGUUCGUCGUGUCAAGCUUAAUGGGAGUGAACUGGUAUCAGACAAAGGUUUGGGGUUCAUCGCAAGGUAUUGUAUUGAUUUGGAAGAGUUAGAAAUCAGUGGAUGCUGUUGUGUAACAAGUAAAGGACUUCAGGAUGUCUUGCUGAACUGUCAUAAUCUAUAUCGCCUUAAUCUCAGUGGUUGUACAUGCAUUAACACCAUAAGUGUUCCAAGCUCAAAUGGAUUUUCCAUGGGAGAUCACGGCUCUUUCCUUAAUCUUCGGCAUUUGGAUCUAAGUGACUGUGUUGCAUUUGACGAUUUUGGGUUGAGAACUAUUGGUCUUAGUUGUGGUUUACUGGAGAGUCUGUAUCUUAGAAGAUGUAGUCGCAUCACUGAUGUAGGCAUGAAGCAUGUUGCGAAUCAAUGUCGUCGUCUCAAGGAACUCAGCACAAGUGACUGCUUCAAAAUAAGAGACUUUAGUCUCAAAGAAAUAGCCAGAAACAUCCCGGGGCUAAAAUACCUAAGUGUAUCUAAGUGCUCAGUAAGUGAUACUGGGAUCAAGUACCUUGGACGAUACUGUGUGAGGUUGAAGUAUUUAAAUGUGAGAGGCUGUGAAGCUUUAACCGAUGCUGGUAUUGCAUAUGUGGUUCAGAAUUGUCUGAAGCUGAGAUCCUUGGAUAUUGGAAAGUGCGACAUAACUGACAGUGUGAUGAACACAAUAGGAAUCCACUGUCCACAGCUGAAGAAACUGAGCAUCAAAGGUUGUGACAAAACAUCUGAUAAUGGCAUCAAGAGCAUUGCAGCACAAUGCUGUCACUUGCAAUAUCUUAAUGUCCAGGAGUGCAAUGUAAGUUUCGAGACUUUGGCUUUCAUCAGAGAGUACUGUAGAAAUUGUAUCAUUGAACACACCUGUCCUGCGUUCUUUUAAAUUUAACUUUAAAUUUAUAUUAAUCUAAGUUAUAUAUAUAGUGUUGAUAUUUUAAUAAGGUGAUCACAAUAUGAAAUACAAAGAUUUUACAUUCCAAACAUACUUUUUCGUACAAAAUUUAUCCAUUUUAUAUACUGUUAUUCUGAGUGCACAUCAUACAGUGCAUCAUGUAUUAUCCCUGAGAAUUAUUUAAACCAGAAAUAUUUUACAAGGUAAUUAAUGUAGUUUAUCAUAAAUAAAUUUUAUGUAGGCCAUGGAGGUCAAAGAGGUUCYGUGGUUGACCAUCAAAGUACUUUUUAUUCGGUAAAAGAUAACACAGUAGAAUACAGUCUACUCACAUACAUAGUGCAUUACAUACAUUCACACACAUACAGAAAAGAUGACAAACAUUGCAUGACGAUGCUAAUAGCAGCUGUGUAGGAGACUAUAGGUACAAAUCAACCUGACCUAGUAUUUAUAUACACAAAGUUGAGAGCAAUAAUUUGUGUGAUGUAAUAUCAGAGACCAUUUAUUAUUCAUGCCUGGGGGUGA